CCGGUUUGCUCUCUCGAGCCCCACGCAACCGUUCAAUCCGCCUAGGUGGCUGUGUGACUACGAGAGAGAGCCAAAGGGUCCGCCGAAGCGGAAAAACGCAAGGACACACGAAACUAGCUGUGGAUUUUAGGAGGAGAAAGUUCAGCUGGUCUCAACCGUUAGAAAGGGAUCGUUUUUUUCAUUCAAUUCUGUCACGUAGGGUCAUAAAUCAUUGAACACAGUGGUCAACGUUGGGCAGAGAUUAUGUCCAUGCAAAUGAACGAGGCAGACAGCGUGGUGAAGGUGGCUGAGUGGCAGCAGACAUACUACGCCCAUGACUCCGGCAUCCAAUCAGGGGCCACGACACUGCGGGACGACGAGAGCAGCACAGAGUACAGCCUGAACAAGAAGUACGCGGGUAGCGCUAGCACCGCCGCCGCCGGGGUUAGCGCUGGGAGAGGCGGGAACGGGGACGCCGCCGAGGGUGACGCAGACAGCCCCACCGACCUCGACCUCCAGUACUCCCUGACCAGGGCCCAGCGCGUCCGAGCCGCCAUGUUCCCAGAGACGCUGGUAGAAGGGGAGGCGGCCAUGCCCGUCCAAUCGGACCCGGCGCAGCAGAGCAACGUGCAGCGGUUGGCCGAGCCCUCCCAGCUGCUGAAGACGGCCAUCGUGCACCUGAUCAACUACCAGGACGACGCGGAGCUGGCCACCAGGGCAGUGCCAGAGCUCACCAAGCUGCUGUCGGAUGACGACCCGGUGGUGGUCAACAAGGCGGCCAUGAUCGUGAACCAGCUGACCCGGAAGGAGGCCAGCCGCCGGGUGCUGGUGCAGUCGCCCGCCAUGAUCGCGGCGGUGGUGCGCGCCAUGACGUCGGCGGCCGACAUCGAGACGGCCCGCUGCGCCGCAUCCGUCCUCCACAGCCUCUCCCACCAGAGGGAGGGCCUGGUCGCCAUCUUCAAGUCUGGGGGGGUGCCGGCCCUGGUCCGGAUGCUGAGCUCUCCGGUGGAGUCGGUGCUGUUCUACGCCAUCACCACGCUGCACAACCUGCUGCUGCACCAGGAGGGCGCCAAGAUGGCGGUGCGCCUGGCCGACGGCCUGCAGAGGAUUGUGCCCCUGCUCAAGAAGAGCAACCCCAAGUUCCUGGCCAUCACCACCGACUGUCUGCAGCUGCUGUCCUACGGCAACCAGGAGAGCAAGCUUAUCAUCCUGGCCAAUGGGGGCCCAGAGGGGCUGGUCUUCAUCAUGAGGAACUACAACUACGAGAAGCUGCUGUGGACCACCAGCCGAGUGCUCAAGGUGCUCUCCGUCUGUCCCAGCAACAAGCCCGCCAUUGUGGAGACCGGUGGCAUGCAGGCUCUAGGCCAGCACUUAACCGGUUCUAGUCAACGGCUGAUCCAGAACUGUCUCUGGACUCUUCGCAACCUUUCUGACGCAGCGACUAAACAGGAAGGGUUGGACGGUCUUCUGCAGAUCCUGGUCACCCAGCUGGGCUCCGACGAUGUCAACAUGCUGACCUGCGCCACGGGCAUCCUCUCUAACCUGACCUGCAACAACUCUCGCAACAAGACCCUGGUGACCCAGUACGGAGGAGUGGAGGCGCUGAUCCACGCCGUGCUCCGCGCGGGGGAGAAGGAGGACGUGGCGGAGCCCGCCGUCUGCGCACUGCGUCACCUGACCUCUCGCCACCAGGACGCCGAGCUGGCCCAGAAUGCCGUGCGGCUCCAUUAUGGCAUACCGGCCGUGGUGAAGCUGUUGGGGCAGCCGCACUACUGGCCCGUCGUCAAGGCGACGGUGGGUUUGAUCCGGAACCUGGCGCUGUGCCCGACCAAUCAGGCGCCGCUGAGAGAGGCCGGAGCCAUCCCACGCUUGGUCAACCUGCUGCUUAAGGCUCACCAGGACACGCAGAGACACAGCUCCUCUGGCCAGCAGACCUACCAGGAUGGGGUGAGGAUGGAGGAGAUAGUGGAGGGCUGUACUGGGGCGCUCCACAUCCUGGCAAGAGAUCCCUUCAACAGGGGAGAGAUCGCCAGCAUGCAGACCAUACCAUUGUUUGUGCAGCUCCUGUACUCGUACGUGGAGAAUGUGAAGCGCGUGUCGGCGGGCGUGCUGUGUGAGCUGGCGCUGGACAAGCAGUCGGCCGAGCUCAUCGACGCCGAGGGGGCUUCGGCCCCCCUCAUGGAGCUGCUGCACUCCAACAACGAGGGCAUCGCAACCUACGCGGCCGCCGUGCUCUUCCGCAUCUCGGAGGACAAGAGCUCCGACUACAGGAAGAGGGUCUCCGUGGAGCUCACCCACUCCCUCUUCAAGCAUGACCCCGCGGCCUGGGAAAUGGCUCAUCAUGUGAUGCCUAUGGAGCCCACCUACCUGGCAGACGAGCUCGAUGGCUCCUACCCGACGUACGGCUACACAGACCUUCCCCUGGACACCCUGCCCCUUGACCCCGACCUUCACGAGUCCUACAUGCCUGACAUGACCUACGACCCCAGACACCCUUACCCGGAACCCCUCUAACAGGUUAACAGCUCCCUGUCAGUGUUACAGGACAUGGGACAACUAGGAGCAAGAAAAGAUGGGAUGGGGAAGGAAAAGGAAAGAGACGAUUUGCUGUGCGUAUGAAGAGGACCUGAAGGGGACCACGUUUGGAGAGGUUUUUAAUCACAGAGGACUGGAACGGGAUGAAAUACAAAAUACCACUUGGCAAUCAAGAACCACUUUUAGGAGGAGGGAUGUGUAUUAUACGUGUUCAUUGUAAGUGUAAAUGAAAUGUUCUAUCGUGUGUGUGUGCUUGUGUGUGAGGGAGCAUGAGAGAGAGAGUGUGUGUGUGAGAGAACUAGUCAGAGAGAGUGUAUGUGUGUGUGCAUGCGUGUGCGUGUGUGUGUGUGUGCAUACUUGGGGGAAUGUUAGAUGGGUGUCUUUUGUGAAGCAACGGAUCGGAGCAACAUUGCGUCAGGAUGUUUGCAGAUCCCAUCUCACUCUGAGACGUUAGGGGAAACCGUCUGCUGCCAGAUUUAACAAGCAGGCAGACACUUAUUACCAUCUGUUCAAUCGUUUUUUCGGUAGCCCUAUCAUACCUUCAGGGCGGACAGAUUGUAUUCAACCACUUUUAGAACACAAUGUAUUUAAAGAUACUGUUGGCUCUAAUCCGAGAGAUUUAUUAGGAUACAUAAUGGGUAUUUUUGGCAUUGAACCCUAAACCUUUUUAUUCUGAGAUUCAAAAAUUAUCUUUCCUUACACAUCCGGUAGGAUAAAACCUGUCUCUGUUGCUUCUAAAAGUGCCCAUGUUGCAUGCCUCAAACGGUCUAGAGGAGUCCUUUAGCAUUUCUUAAGACAGGUCCUGGGGUGUGUCCACUCGUGGUUGUUGCAUGGCAGUGUACCAUGUGAUUCUCUUAAUAUGUCCACCUCCUACACAUAGAAGCAAAACAGGAACUCUAGUAGGGAGGACGCCGUUGAUGUUAAAAAGCGCCAUGCAGAACGGUCAGACUCUGCUGAUCCGUCCAGGCGCGCUUUCUGUUAGCUCAUAGCCAACACACCCUGCACUCAAACCAUAGGUUAAGGGACAAAGAAAGCCUCCCAGAUUACGAAAAUAUAUCAAUCGGUUCACCAAGCAGACCCACUAAUAUGCACUCAAAACUAACAGCACAAGUUUCAAGUGUCUAUCUGUCUAGACACAGUCAUUUAAUACAAUGCGCUUUGGAGAAAAAAAAAGAGAUCAAAAACCAAUUUUAUACUGGUGUCUUCACCGCUUUGUGUAUAGUGUAUGGAAAGAUGUGUCUUGUUUUUAUUUUUUGUAUGCUAAUGUACAUGCUUGUACUAGGUCUAGAAGCGGGAAUGGCUGUGCUGUUAAAAGAUGCAACAUUUAAGAAAUGAAGUUCCUAGAAGGAACAUGGGGGAGAGAAAGAGACCAACAGUGCCCCCUGCUGGUUAUACGCACUCCUGAUCAGAAUCCUUCAUUAUAUGAUUGACAAAUAAAAAGGUUCCACUUUAAGCACCACAUAAGUGUUUAAAGUUAAAUGGACAAAUUAAAAAUUAUAUUUCAAUAACAAAUAUUAUAUAUAUAUAUAUAUAUAUAUAUACAGGGUUAUUGACUGAUUUACUUCAGGAUCUCAUCAAACAUUUCUGUUGAAUUAAUUCCUGAGGCCUUUUUUUAUGAACCAUGAACCCAACCACCAGGGGGGCAUGCUGGCUUUGCUUCCUAAUGUAGCAGACCGAUGGAACCAGGGGAGGGGAGGAAGAGAGAAGGGGGACGUAAGCAGGGUUUCAUGAGGUUGCCAAAGAGAUUAACUUUGUGACAGUAAUCAUAUUGGGUCUGUGUGCUUGCAGUGCACAGCCAAACAAAAGAGGACGAGAGAAAAAGUGUAUGAACACAUUCAUAAGCAGAACAAUAUUGAAUUGAUACUAAAUCAAAUUCAUAAUUAUCAUCCAGUGAGUUUAAUUUGCUUUGAAAUUGAGACUGGAUUUCCUGGUUUCACACACGUCAGGCUUCAAACUUAUACAGUGAGCCUUUGAGUGAGGGAACGUCUUGAGAUAUUCGGAUAUCUCCAAAACAUUUAAAUGUGACAUGUUAGAAACAUGUUAAAAACACAUGCAUGCCACUGUUUGAUUGAAAGAAGGACUGAAUUCAAGAUUUCCGGUGUGAUUCAGAAAUUAAACAUUAAAACAAAUGGAAGCACUGAGAUGAUGUAUUGUGGAUUUUUCAAGUCAAAGGAAAAUGAUGCACAAGUUAUGAUUACGAAUGCAAAUGUUUUUCCAAUGGGUGUCAACUGUGGUUUACAUCUCUGUGGACUGACAAAGGCCUGACACUGUGUGCUAACAAUUGGGAAAAUAACCCCCCAGAAAUGUAAUAGAGAGGCUAUAUAUGUACAAUGUUCCCAUGUAAUUGUUUUCCGCCCCAGUAAGAUGAAGUUAAUUAAUCACCUCAAACAAUCUGUCAGCCCAUAUCCAUCUCACCUGGAAAGAAGAGGAAAAAAAGUUGUUUAACCGAGAGAGCAAAUAAACGUGUAGAAUAUGUGUGGGAUGUUGCGAAAUAAAGCAAGGAAAACUUUUUUAUUAAAA